UUAAUCUCAUUGCUGUCCAGGAGAAACAACCGAGAUACUAAGUGAUCUCAUUUGUGAUUUUUCUCACCGAAACAUGAACCAGUAAAUACGAAACGCACUGGCAUGUUGAGUCAAACCUACCCAAGUGACCUGUAAUACCCUCAACGUUUCCAAACACGACUGCAUGUUUCUCAGUACCGAAGGAACUGGUUUAACUUGUCGGUUACUAGGGGGCAUGUAGAGUAGGUUUUACUAGUGUUGCGAGCUGAGAAGGAGUUUCAUUGCAUCCACGUCUCAGAGUUGUGAGAGCUCAGAGCUUGUCUUUUCCCUGAAGUCUGGGUGCGUUUAUGUGUAAUUUAUUGUUUCCUGUGAAAAGGGCGAGGUGAGCUGUCCAACUCUGAACUGCUCAGUGAAUCAAAGGGAUCAAAGAGGGUUUUGUGGUUAGGGGACGCGAAGAAAAGCAACAGGAAUUGUGAUAUGACAAAAACAUGUCAGCCCGGUAAGCCUCGGAGGUCUUCAGAGUGCUGUUGAAUGUGUUUCUCCUCCGAGUCUGACUUGUUUGGCUUACUGUCUGCAGCUUGAAGGGAUUCGCUCCGGGGCGGCUCUGAAUUCUCGACGUGGGAAGGUUUCUCAAGCAGCUCCUGCUGGUGAACACAGAGAUGGCCAUGGUGAGCGGGGGAUGGGCCAACCCCAACGGCGGCGCUAAUGGACUCGGUGAGAAAGGUUACCUGCGGGGGGAGGAGGAGAGCAGCUCGCCCCGGGCGGGGAACAGCGACGCAGAAGGUGGCGAGGAGGACAAGGCCUGCGUGGUGGACUGCGUGGUGUGUGGUGACAAAUCCAGCGGCAAGCACUAUGGUGUGUUCACCUGUGAAGGGUGCAAGAGUUUCUUUAAGAGGAGCAUCAGACGGAACCUCAACUACACCUGCAGGUCAAACAGAGAGUGUCAGAUUGAUCAGCACCACCGUAACCAGUGUCAGUACUGCCGUCUGAAGAAGUGUUUCCGGGUCGGUAUGAGGAAAGAAGGUCAGCAAACCAUCCAGCGUGGUCGAAUCCCUCCCUCUCAUGCAGGCAUCAGUCCAGCCUCCAUGGUUGGUGCGGGUGGUGAUGUUGGAGGAGGUCAAGGCAUGGGUGCUGAAUUCUUCAACGGUCAGCCGGUGUCUGAACUCAUCUCUCAGCUGCUGAGAGCAGAGCCAUACCCCAACAGCCGCUACGGAGCCCAGUGCGGCCAGCAGCUCGCAGGAGGCAACAGCUCCGUCAUGGGCAUCGACAAUAUAUGUGAGCUGGCGGCCCGGCUGCUCUUCAGUACCAUCGAAUGGGUGCGAAAUAUUCCCUACUUUCCUGACCUGCCCGUGUCGGAGCAGGUGGCCCUUCUGAGGCUGAGUUGGAGUGAACUGUUCAUCUUGAAUGCAGCUCAGUCGGCUCUGCCGCUGCAUACGGCCCCUCUGCUGGCAGCUGCUGGUUUUCAUUCCUCCCCCAUGCCCGCUGACCGCGUCGUGUCCUUCAUGGACCAGGUGCGGGUCUUCCAGGACCAGGUGGACAAGCUGACACGACUGCAGGUGGAUUCGGCCGAAUACAGUUGUCUGAAAGCCAUCGCUCUGUUCUCACCAGACGCGUGUGGGCUGUCAGAUCCGGCGCACAUCGAGAGCCUGCAGGAGAAAGCACAGGUGGCCCUGACCGAGUACGAGCGUAUGCAGUAUCCAGGUCACCCACAGCGCUUCGGCCGACUCCUGCUGCGACUGCCCGCCCUGAGAGCCGUUCCCGCCAACCUCAUCUCUCAACUCUUCUUCAUGCGGCUGGUUGGCAAGACGCCCAUUGAGACGCUUAUCCGGGACAUGCAGCUCUCUGGAAGCUCCAUCAGCUGGCCAUACGUGCCUGGACAGUAGAUGAACAAUCAGAGACUUGUUCCCGUGUCCCAUCUCAGGCUGCUCCCAUGAUUCCACAGUAACCGUGUGGAUAGAUGUUGUGUUUCGGGUUUUGUUGAUUGCGUAUAUACUGUAUGUCUAAAAGAGGUUGACACGUAUGUUGCUAUGCAGUUUCAAUGAGCCAUCCAGCACCAAGAUACCUCAUGUUUCACAUCAUGAGCAUCAACAAAUUCUGUCGAGAACAUUUGACGAGAAACAGAGGACUGAUUAUGAAGAAGUCAGCUGAUAUGUGACACAGAUCCAAAGCUUUAAAGAAGAGUGUACAAUACCUUCUUUUUCAGAGCAUAUUGAACUAUUUUAAAGCUAGUGUAGACGUACAGUAAGAAUCUUUGUAACAGACUGCAUUUGUGAGAAAAAUGUUGGGUUAUAUACUUGAAAAAUCAAUGGUGAACAAUGAAUGGCUAUGUUUAGAAUGGAAUACUUGCAUACUGCACACUACUGCUUUAUAUUGAAUAGUAUGUGAAACAGUAUGAAAUAUGCAAUAUUACAUACCCCAAACCGUACUAUGCUACAUUUUGAUCUCAUUAUAUUGCAUGUUUAUCAUGUAAAUAUGGUACACUGCAUUAUGGGAUACAGUAUGCUUUGGUUGUGUUCGGAGUACUUCCAGGUAUUACACACUAUGCACGGUAUACAUACUAUAUAC